AUGAACCCCUUCCCAGAUCUGAAUACUGCUGUGCCACAACGCCGGAGGGGAGAAAACUCUCCCCGAAGAGGAAGCAGAGGUGGAAGAAGAGGAGGCAGAGGUGGCCGUACUCCAGUUAGGCCAAAUCCACCAAGAAGUCUUCAUUUGGUGGAUGAAGAAACUGAUGAUGAAGAAGAAGAUCCUAACUUUGCAGCACCGGAGGCUCAAGCUCUAUCCUCCAGCUCCUCUGAGUCAUCAUCAAAGGACUCACCUCCCCCAGCAUCGACUCAGGGGGAGACAUCUCAGCCUAGCAUGGCAGCAGCAGCCUCUCAACAUCCUGUCUCUGAAGGUGUUGUUGCACCUGCUCCAGAAGAUGCUGCUGCACCCACUGUCUCAGCAAAUGUUCCUCAGAAUGCUGCCGAGGAUGCUGCUCCUUAUCAGGAUGAAGAAAUGCCUGAUUUUUCUGGGAUGUCAUCUGCAGAGCAUGUUGACAUUCCCACUGUUGAUGCUCAAGAUUUCACUACUACUGAAGAAGCACCCUCAGCUCCAAAUGAAGAUCCUCUGGAAACUCUGGCAGAGGCAGCUGUUCAAGUGGAUGCACCACCUUCCCAGGCUGAAGAGGAAAAGAAAAGUGAUGACAAGUCAGACAGUGAUUCUUCCGAGGACUCAUCUCAGAUGGAAGAAGAUGCUGCUCCACCUGUUGCAUCACCUGAGCCAGCAUACAUCCCAGAUGAACUUGAAGACUCAGAAGAAGAGGAAUCCUCUGAGGAAGAAGAGCUAGACUUGGAUGUGAAGGAUCUGUCAACUCCUAUUGAGCUUACUCACUCCCUAGUUCAGAUCACCUUUCAUCAGUCCAUGGUGAAGAUGCUACAGAAAGCUCUUUCUGAUCAAAAAGGGGGAGAACAAGCUAGUUUGGAUGCCAGAGGCAGAGCGCAUGGAGUUAAUGAAGAAGGAGAAAAAAAUGAUGGUGAAGCUCAAGGAGCAGAGGAAAGCAGUGGAUCCAGUGCUAGUGAUGGAGGAACAGCAGCUGAUACUGAGGAGACUUUGGAUAUUCUGCUCUAA